AUGACAAGUGAAGGUGGAGGCGCAGUCGCUUUUCCCGUUAUGACCCUCGCUUUUAGUAUUGCACCAGAAGUAGCACGUGACUUUUCACUUAUGAUUCAGUCCUGUGGUAUGACAGCAGCGGCUUUCACCAUCUUCUGGAUGCGCGUGCAGCUUGAAUGGCACUCCGUGACAUUCUGCUCCCUCGGAGGAAUCUUCGGUAUGAUAAUCGGCUUAGAGUUUAUCGAUCCUCAACUCACCCCUCCCCAGAAAAAAAUGGGAUUUGUAUGCAUGUGGUUUGCAUUCGCUUUUGCUUUGUUUCUUUUGAAUCGCUAUCACAAGCGGAAAACAUAUACGACUAUCCCAGAAUUCAAAUUGUGGAAGCUCAUUGUACUUCUACUGACCGGAUUCAUUGGUGGAAUAUUCUCAGCUAUCGCAGGAAGUGGCGUGGAUAUCUGCAGCUUCAGCGUUCUCACGCUUCUCUUCCGUGUAAGCGAGAAGACUGCUACACCUACGUCCGUCAUCUUGAUGGCAGGAAACACAGUAGUGGGCUUCUACUGGCGUCAAGUCAUCCAACAAGCUGUGAGUGCCGAGGCUUAUCAUUACCUGGCAGUUUGCGUGCCCAUCGUUGUGUUGGGUGCUCCAGUGGGAUCCGUGAUUGGGAGCCAUUUUCAUCGUCAGAUUCUAGCAAGUUUGAUCUAUCUUUUGGACACUGUUGCUCUUAUAAGUGCUUUUUUAAUCGUGCCUCUCUCAAAUGCUUUGAUUAUGGCCUCCGUGGGUAUCAUAGCGUUCGGAUUUUUCUUCUUUGGGCUGAUAGCUUAUGUUGGAAAAAGAAUAAUGGAAGGAGUUGAAAACAUAAGAGAACGACAAAGACAAGGCAGUUGUGAGGAAGAUGCCGAUGAAAAUACAAUGGAAUCAACUACUGCAGUUAAAACCGUUUACGACAAAGACAAAGGUCGUCGUGUUGAUCUUGAAACUCUACAAAUGGCCCAGGGGAAAAGUGAAAAAUUAAGGGUACAAGACGUGCAAAAGCUGGACACACUUUACGAGGUGUAAAAGAAAAAUUGUGAAUUGGCCAUUGCUAUAUUGUAGAUUGCUUGCGCAAUACAUUGGCUCCGAAGACCAAGAUGUCAAUCAGUAGAGGCAUGGUGGUGAAUAUCAACCCGAUCAUGAUUGAAUAUAUACGAAUAUCUUUACGUCUUAUCCCAGAAGAAGAAAAUGGGGACUCGGAGAUUUUUUACCUUGUGAAACGCUCGUGACAAUUCGAACGAAAUACUUCUUGCAUGAAGUGACCUCAUCCUUCAUGUCAAAAUUAUCUAUCAAAAAUAUUUUAACUUUAAAUUUCUUAAUUGCUUAUUUGUGAGGUCCUCCAAAGGUUAUUAGCUUCAAAAUGUAUAUGCUUAGUGAAAAUCUUAGAAAGGACACGCUCUCCAUACACGCUCACAUGCAUUUGUCUAUUUGUAAUAGCCUUAAUUAUUGCCUCCUCACCCCUCCCCCCAGUAAUCCCUUCUAUAGUGGUCUGAUUUUGCUGCACGCUUCUAGUGGUGAUUGUUGUAAUAACACAGACCGCGCACGCUCGACAGAAUAUCGAUAGGUAUAAUGUACGUUUCUGUCUUGUCGAAAAUGCGCCUUUUAAAGAAUGUUAAUGAUGAAUUCGGGUCAAAACGAGCUCUUAUUACGCGAACGAGACGAAAAGCUUAAAAUGUAUUUUGCUUGAUUAGCAAGUAUUUUAUUACUCGUACAAAUCAAUCUGCCUCUACUCGUGUACUGUGUCGCGGAAAAAAUAUUCCUUGCAUACAUGAGCAAAUCUGAUGCUGCUCAAUAAAAUUGCGCUCAAGUA